AUGACUGGCAUGAAUGCGCAGCCACUUGGAAACGCACGCCGCUGGGGUUCCAAUGGGGGCGAUGAUCAGAACGGCUCGCAAGGGUACGAUAUGAAACGACGUGCCGAUUACGGUCCUCCGACAAAUGCGCAACACGAUCCAAACGGUCCACGGAAGCGUCGCUCGCGUUGGGGCAGCACAAAUGAGCGUUCUGAUGUUGCAAAUGCUGCGAUUGCCGCCAACGUCUCUGGCCAGGAGCUAGACCGGUACGCUAUCCAGGUCCGCCUAGAAGAAAUAAGCCGCAAGAUUCGCACCGGAGAUGUGAUUCCCCCUGUGCGUGAACGUUCGCCAUCGCCUCCACCGACAUACGACGCAAACGGCCGCCGUAUCAACACACGCGAGACACGUUACCGCAAGAAAUUAGAGGAGGAGCGGUUGCGCUUGGUCGAGCGGCAGAUGCGUAUUGAUCCCUCGUUCCGUCCUCCUGCCGAGUACCAAGCAGCGAAACGGACAAUGCGUCCUACGGAAAAGGUGUACCUGCCCGUGCGCGAGUUCCCCGAAAUCAACUUUUUCGGCCUCUUGGUCGGUCCGCGUGGGAAUACGUUGAAGAAGAUGGAGGGCCAGAGCGGGGCCAAGAUUCAUAUUCGUGGCCGUGGUAGUGUGAAACACGGAAAAGGUGCCGGGGAUGACGACGAGGAGGACAUGCACUGUAUUGUUACAGGCGAUACCGACCGUGCGGUGAAGCUGUGUAUUAAGCUAAUUAACGAGGUCGUGUCCACUGCUGCAUCCACACCAGAGACACAGAACGAUCAUAAACGCAGUCAGCUGCGCGAGCUUGCCGUGCUGAAUGGUACGUUGCGUGAUGAUGAGAACCAAGUCUGUCAAAACUGUGGCGAAAAAGGACACCGCAAGUUUGAAUGUGUACAGGAGCGGAGUUGGAACAAUGGCAUUGUAUGCCACCGCUGUGGCGGUAAUGGACAUUUGGCGCGCGACUGUGUCGCACCAGGCACAGAUGGCGGGCAUCUGUAUACGGGCCAUCAUACGCAGGUCGACUCCGAAUAUGCAAACCUCAUGGCAGAAUUGGGCGAGAAGGCCGGUGCAUACGGUGCGCCAAUCGGCGCAGAUAGCAUCGGAGGCCCUUUGCUCACCGACAAGGGCGAGAAGAUUCCCCCUUGGCGCGACCCAACCGUGUGGAAUACGCCCGGCUCCGGCCGUGCCGGAGGGGGAAUGCAGGCAGUGGACCAGCAAGGCAUGUAUGGCAGCGCCACUAUGGAUGCCGGAUGGGCUGGCCGCAACUUUUACGGCGGCGAGCAAGCGUGGCCUGCAGAGCAAGCUGCACAGCCAGAAGAGGGACAGCAGGACUACUCUGCAGAGUGGGCUGCCUAUUACGCUGCACAAGCUGCACAGCAGGGUGCAGAAGGUGCUGCAGCCGAGGGCGAGCCUGCGCGCGAUUAUUCAAAGGAAUGGGAGGAGUAUUAUCGCCAGCAAGCACUUGCACAACAAGCACAGGAUUAG